AUGGGAUGGGAGAACCCUGCACUAUUCAAUUUUGAAACCAGCAUAUCUAUUUCUUCUUAGUGGGGUCUUGAUAGUUCAUAUUUCGGUUGCAAUUUUCCGAAAAUUCAAUUUCUUUACCUUCUUAGACUCUUUUCUGUUUAGAAUCUUCUCUAGUCGUUCUCUUUUAAUUGUUUUACCACUGGAAAAUUCGAUGAAAUGAAAUUUAAUUUUUUCUUUCUUAAUGUCAUUUAACAUCAUAGAUAAUNCUAAUUGGAUGCUGACCAUAUUGCUUUUGUUGAAGAGAAUGUUGUUGCUGAUGGAAGAGCAAGAUCAAAUGAAGAAUGGAUGUAAAAGAUUUCUAAUGAUGUUACCACUAUCAAAAAAAACAUUGAACAUUAAAUCAAUGGUACUGAAUUUGUACAAUAAAACCAUAUUGACAGUGCUUUAGUAGAUGAAUAGCUACCAUAAACUUAAGAUUACUGGUCUUAAAAACUAAAAGAAGACAUAAAUAAGAUUAAAUAAGAUGAUUCUAAUAAAAAAUUGGAAUGAUUUAUUCAAAUAACAUUAAUAACACC